GCUUCCUGGACUCCAUGGCCACGCUGGGUUUGGCUGCUUACGGUUACGGGAUCCGCUACGAAUUUGGGAUCUUCAACCAGAAGAUCGCGGGCGGAUGGCAGGUGGAGGAGGCUGACGACUGGCUGCGCUACGGGAACCCGUGGGAGAAGGCGAGACCCGAGUACACGAUUCCUGUGCACUUCUACGGGCGCGUGGAGCACUCGCACGACGGCGCCAAGUGGCUGGACACGCAGGUGUGCAAGGGCGGGGGGGCGUGCGAGGGGGGGGCGAGGGUGC